AUGGUGUCGUUCUCGUGCGAGGGCUGUGGAGACGUCCUUACGAAGAAGAAGCUCGACGGACACCGCAACCAAUGCUAUGGUGCGUCUUUUACAUGCCUCGAUUGCAUGGUGCACUUCCCCGGAACGUCCUAUAAAUCUCAUACGAAGUACCAGGGAAAACUCUACAAAGAGAAGAAGAAGCCCCAGAAAAGAGACAGUGCCUAUCACGACAACUCGCAAGCACUUACGGCGCAGAAUGCGCACGUCGAAGAUGCGCGAGACGAAGACAAUGCCGUGGCGGUUGUCGAUGCCCCGCCUCGCGCGCCCACGCCUCCACCAGCGGCGCAUUCCCUAGGAUACUACGAACAUGAGCAGGCUGCCAUUGAGGCUCCCAAUGUCUUUGACUUUCUCGACGCAUCCGAGACGCCCAACGCGCCUAGAACAAAGUAUCCAAUGGACGAAUCGCGCAUGCUCGAAGAUAGCCAGCCGCCUGCGUACGAGCAGCAAUACAUGCCUACAAUCGCAAACGUUAUGCAGUUUCAGGUCGACGACGAGGAAAAAUACGGCGCGCAGAAUGGCUCCUACGGCCAAGGGCAAGUACGUCCGUCCCGAGAGCGAUUUGAUUCGUACACGACGCCUGCUUCCAAGCCAAAACACACCAGGACAAAGUCAGGCGAUACCGAUAUCGAGACAACGACCAAGACGGACCGUAAACGUAAGCGUAACUCGCCUGCUGAACUCGAUCUUUCGCUUGCUCGCGCCCAGGAUGGAAGGGAUGCCAUCAUGACUGACGCAACUCCGUCGCUUCACUCUGGUCUUACUGGAGGACUCCACAGAAUGCUGGCACCUCCUGAAUUCCCGCCGUCGCCAGAUGACUCUGGUGAUUAUGCAAACUCACCGCUGAGCCCCAUGAAACGCGCUAAGCAGGGCGACACAAAAGCCCUCAUCCGCGCACAGCGAGAGUAUGAGAAGGAACAACAGAAACAGCGAAAGGCAGAUGUCAAGGCCCGCGAGAAGGCGGAGAAAAAGGAGAAGGAUGCCAAAGAAAAGGAAAAGAAAGAAAAGAAGGAGAAGGAGGCAAAGGAGAAAGAAAAGAAAGAAAAGGAGAAGGAGAAGAAGGAUAGGGGACGUGACCGUGACCGAAAAGAACGCAAGGCUACCACGGCCUUGGUGAAGAUUAGACCUAAGAAGAAGAGAGAAGAUUCGUCAACGGAGGUUCGCCGUAUACGUCGCCGUCAAUACUCAUCUUCUGUAUCACCCGCACCGCUGGAUCGCAAGGCCAUCAAGGCCAUCGAGUAUAACCCCUCCACUUCAGACUCGGAACCAGAUGGCGAAGGCCAGCUUAUCGUACGCCCUAAUGGGGAUGUCGCACCUUUCGUGGCAGACCCUCGCGCGGAGCUGUUCAUGUCCUUUGUCAACAAAGGGCCAGGUUCUGAGCGAGGUAUAAGUGUCAACAAGGCAUUGAAACGCUUCCAUCGUGAGCGAAAUGAGCUUCCCGACCAUGCGCCUUCCAAGGCUGAUGAAGAGAAGGAACUCUGGAAGAAUAUGCGCCUCAAGAAGAACGAUAGAGGCGAAAUCGUCCUCUUCUUCGCUCCAGGCGAGGUUUCUCCAUCAGAGGCUUCGUGA